AUGGUCUCGAUCAAUUUCAUCUUCCUGUUCAACAUUGUGAGAAUCCUGAUGACCAAACUGCGAGCGUCUACAACAUCCGAAACGAUCCAGUAUAGGAAAGCUGUGAAGGCGACGCUGGUACUCCUUCCCCUCCUGGGAAUCACCUACAUGCUGUUUUUUGUCAACCCAGGGGAGGAUAAGAUUUCUCAAAUGGUCUUCAUAUAUUUGAACUCGUUUUUGGAGUCCUUCCAGGGCUUCUUCGUGUCAGUGUUUUACUGCUUCCUAAACAGUGAGGUAAGCAGAUUUACACUGGCUUAUUGAUUUAACAUUUCAGCGUUUGAAACUCCUUCCCUGAUGUGGAUU